AUGUAUGACAGUACUAGCAAAAUUAAAGAUUUGAGCUUAGCCCCAUUUGGGAAGCUUCAAAUGGAAAUUUCUGAAACUGAAAUGCCAGGACUAAUGACAAUAAGAGAGGAAUAUGAAAAAUUGAAGCCUUUGAAAGGAGCUAAAAUAACGGGAUGUUUGCAUAUGACUAUAGAAACUGCAUUAUUAAUGGAAACCCUACAGAAGUUAGGAGCAAAAUUAAGAUGGUGUUCUUGUAACAUUUAUUCGACACUAGAUUAUGCUGCUGCUGCUGUUAGUACUUUAGAAAAUGUAUCUGUUUUUGCAUGGAGAGGUGAAACUUUAGAGGAAUAUUGGUGGUGUGUUGAAAAGGCUUUAACUUGGGGUGAAAAUGGAGAAGGACCUGAUUUGAUUGUAGAUGAUGGUGCAGAUGCAUCUUAUUUAGUACAUAAAGGAGCAGAAUAUGAAAAAUUAUAUGAAGAAAAAAAAAUAUUACCAGAUCCAGAAUCAGGAAAGAAUGAAGAAGAAAGAUGCUUUUUAAGUUUAAUUAAAAGUUCAAUACUUAAGAAUCCAAAAAAAUGGACAAAUAUGUCAAAAAAAAUUAUUGGCAUGUCUGAAGAAACAACCACAGGAGUAUUAAGAGUAAAAAAAAUCGAAAAAAAUAAUGGGCUAUUAUUUACAGCUAUAAAUGUAAAUGAUUCUGUUACUAAACAAAAAUAUGAUAAUAUAUAUGGAUGCCGACAUUCUCUUCCUGAUGGUUUAAUGAGAGCAACUGACUUUAUGAUAUCUGGUAAAAUUGUAGUUAUUUGUGGAUAUGGAGAUGUAGGAAAGGGAUGUGCAUCAGCUAUGAAAGGUUUAGGUGCACGAGUUUAUGUAACUGAAGUAGAUCCAAUAUGUGCUAUACAAGCUAUUAUGGAAGGAUUUAAUGUAGUUACAUUAGACGAAAUUGUUGAGAAGGGUGAUUUUUUUGUUACUUGUACAGGUAAUGUUGAUAUUAUUAAAUUAGAGCAUUUAUUAAAAAUGAAAAAUAAUGCAGUAGUAGGUAAUAUUGGUCAUUUCGAUGAUGAAAUACAAAUAGAAGAUUUAUUUAGUCAUGAUGGUAUAGAAAUAGAAAAUGUAAAACCACAAGUCGAUAGAGUGACAUUACCAAAUGGUAAUAAAAUUAUAGUUUUAGCUCAAGGUAGACUUUUAAAUCUUGCUUGUGCAACUGGACACCCAGCAUUUGUUAUGUCUUUCUCAUUUUGUAAUCAAGUCUUUGCCCAAUUAGAAUUAUGGGAAAAUAGAAAUACAGGAAAAUAUGAAAAAAAUAAAAGUUAUAUAUUACCAAAAGAACUUGAUGAAAAAGUUGCUUAUUACCAUCUCAAAAAAUUAAAUGCAAAUUUAACUGAAUUAGACGAUAACCAAUGUGAAUUUUUAGGUGUUAGUAAAACUGGUCCAUUCAAAAGUGAAGCAUAUAGAUAUUAA